AUGCGGAGCAUCGAGCUGACGCUGAGCCCGGCCCACCAACUCUCGCUUGCGCUGCCAAAGGACUGGCGAGACAUACCCUACGCACGAGAUGACCCGCCGCUCUGGGCUGCGGCCUGGCCAUCCGGCACCGCCACUGCCCUGCACCUGCUUGAGCACCCUGAGCUGAUCGCCGGCAAGCGAGUCUGCGACGUGGGCUGCGGCGUCGGCACAGCGGGGAUCGCUGCUGGCCUCGCCGGCGCCAGAGAGGUGAUCCUCGCCGACCGUUCUCCGCUGGCGUUGGAGUGCGCAAUGGCUGGCGCGGUUGCCAACGGCGUAGGCAGCCGCUGCGAGGCGCGCACGGUGGACUGGCGCUGCGCCUCCUCCGAGAGGACUCUGGCGGGCCCAUUUGACGUCAUCUUGGCGUGCGACGUCUUCUACUCGCUCGACGGACGCUUCGCAACCGCGGAUGAGAUGGGAAGCCUCCGCGACAUGCUCACGCGCGCUGCGCUAGGAGACGACUUGCAAUUCACACUGGCGGCGCUGCCCAUCGAGUCGGAGUACAGGCCCUAUGCCACCCGGCCGGAAGCGGAGGCGUGCCUGAGCAGACGUCACAAACCUCCCCCGGGCACCGCACUUCAGCCGUACCUCCGCACCCCACCCGGAUCAUGGCGAAAUUGGACGCACGCACUCGACCUCACCUUUGGUCGGUGGGGCCCGGCGUGCCUCAAUGAAUCGCCGACCUCGCCUUCGCCCACCUUCCAGGCGUGCCUGCGCUCGCUCGAGGGGAGCGGGAGCGGCGAGCUGCUGGCAGUCGAGGGCGUGCAGGAGCUGCGCGGCCCGCAGGCGGCCGGCGAAGGGCCCGAGGGCCUGGUGGACUCGCGAGCGGUGCUCGUCGCGAGUCUGAGGCGCGGUGCCUCUUGA